AGGUGAAACUUUGCUCUUAUGACAUCUGGCAGCACCGUAAAUAUUAUUUGCUAGAACAAAAAGCGCAAAUUGCGAAUUUUCGGUAGAGCUACAAAAUAAUUCAAGCAACCGCAAAUGACUAGCAGCGUACUACGAACAUUGCGAAGCCGAUCAAAUUGCUAGACGGAGCAUUAGACAAACGGUGUGCAAAAAGUCACGUAGGCUGAUCGAUAAUCAAGCAGACGCACCAACACCCACACACAUACACAUGGAAAUCCAACGAGGAGAAAGAGAAAAUAAUGUAGAAUUGGCUGCCGGCGGGGCGGAUUUGGUCAAGGAGUCGCAGGAAAAUUCGAGUAAAGAAGUAAGAGAAGUGGAUGUAAUGGCUAAGGAACUGAGCACGCACGAUAAAAAAUCAGAAUUAAAGGGAAAUGAAGCGUCGGUGGUGGGGGAAAACAACAACGCAGAUGCCCGCGGAAAUGCCACUGCAGCACUAGAAACAACAACUACAAGCACAGAGCCCCCCCAAGCCAACAACAGUUCGCACACACAAAAACAACAACUGCAGUCAAGCAAUGGGAAUGCACAGCAAACAACAACAAUGGAAAUCGGAGGGACUGCAAUAGCAAAAAAAACAAAAGAUGACAUUGUAGAAGAGGAAAAAAUAACAGCAGUAGCGGAAUCAAAAACAAGCAUGGGCGAAAAGACAGAGGAACGCAACCAUAAAAAGAAGAAAAAAGAUAAGGAACGCGAGAGAGAUGAAGAUAAGAGCAGUCGUCACAGCGGCAACUUUGUCAGCGUUGGGAGCAGCAAGGAUUGGGAUCGGGAUCGGGAAAGGGACAGAGAACGGGACAGAAACCGCGAAAAUAGCUUCAAUGCCACUAAGGAAGGCGACUAUAAAUCCAGUUCCUCCCGCAAAAAGGAGAAGUAUCAUCGCAGCGACAGGGAUCGAGAAAGGGAGAAAGAGCGGCAGCGGGAUCGACAUAGAGAAAGGGUGCCCUCCUCAUCUUUUAGUUCUUCGUCACACUCGCACCGCCGUCGAAGUUCUGACAGUAGCCGAAGCAUUCAGAACAGCUGCUUAAAAACUAAAGAACUUAAGCUUGAUCCGGAUCUGUCACAAACCGUGAAAAAAGAACUGGAGCAGAGUUUCAAAGUUGAGGAUGGAAACGGUCUCCAAACAAAACCAGGAGAACCAGAAGCAGGUCAAGCCCCAUUACUUACCAAUAACAUAAAAACUGAAACUGAAGUCAAGAAGGAACCGGGCUUAGAUCCACCAGCAUCUAUGGAAAAUGGUGAUGCUAAAGGAAAAACUCGUGAAGAGGUAACUAGGCAGCUAAACUUUGGUGACAAGAACUCAAGCUCGAAGCUGAUGCCCUCGCCAGCACCGAAAACCUCUUCGGCAUCCAAUUCAACGGUGAACAAUCAUUCCUCAAGUAACCGCAAAUCCUAUACAUCGUCAUCCUUCACCAACCAUCACAAAAGUUCCUCAUCUUCUUCGUCAUCCUCCUCAUCGCGCCACUCGUCAUCUUCAUCUCGCGAUUGUUCUAGAUGCUACAAGCGAUCGAAGAUCCGACGUUCUUCUAUAGGCGUGCAGUGCAUACAGCCCGCACCCAUCGCAGGACCCUGGCAAAUGAUUCAGAGCUUACCGCCGAAGCCUAACAGACCACCUCCGGCUGGCCUUGAGAACCUUAAGUAUGGCAGCUACUUUCAGGUGGAGCAGUAUCCAAAUGGAGGAGCCUCUAUUGUGCAUAUGUAUCAGCACGAAAUAGACGCCUUGGCGCCAAAAGAGAUGGACGAACUGGUUGAUGAGUUUUUUGAAGUUUGCUUUGCAGAAGAUGAGCAGGGCUACGCCCAUCACGUGAUGGGUAUCGUGCACGACGCCGCCCGAUAUCUGCCCGAUCUUCUGGAGCAUAUGGCCGAAAAUUACUCAACGUUGACCGUAAAGGCAGGAGUUCUGGGGCGCAACUCGGACAUUGAGACAUGCACAAUGGCGCAGUAUAAUGAGCAAGUUGUGCGGAAUUAUUGUCAAGGCACGUUUCGAUAUGGACCCUUGCAUCAAAUCAGUUUGGUAGGCAAAGUACACGAGGAAGUAGGCGGCUAUUUUCCUGAUCUUCUGGGACGAAUCGAAAUGAAUCCAUUUUUGCGAAAGACGAUGCCUUGGGCUUGCAAGUCCAUACUUCAAACAGAUCCGCGGCAAUCAAACGAUGGACCCAUUUUAUGGAUUCGUGCUGGCGAGCAGUUGGUGCCAACUGCAGAGCUGAAUAGCAAAACACCGCUUAAGAGGCAAAGAACCCGCAUCAAUGAGCUACGAAACCUCCAAUACCUUCCCCGUUUAUCAGAAGCACGAGAAACUAUGAUCGAAGAUCGAACCAAGGCGCAUGCUGAUCACGUUGGCCAUGGACACGAACGUAUCACUACCGCUGCAGUUGGCAUUCUUAAGGCUGUUCACUGCGGACAGACUUACACACAAAAUCGCAUCACAAAAGACGUGGUCGCAUUUGCCGCUCAAGACUUCAAUACAAUGGUUGAAAUGCUGCAGCUGGACCUGCACGAACCUCCAAUCUCGCAGUGCGUUCAGUGGAUUGAAGACGCCAAGCUCAACCAGCUGCGCCGUGAAGGUGUCCGCUACGCCCGCAUUCAGCUAUGCGAUAAUGAUAUUUACUUUCUUCCUCGAAACAUUAUCCACCAGUUCCGAACCGUGACGGCUGUGACAAGCAUCGCAUGGCACCUGCGCCUUCGACAGUAUUAUCCCGACCAGGAGGUCAUCAACGAAAAAAAUAACCCAGUUCUGGCAGAGACACCACACUAUAAAGAAAAGCAAACAAUUCUUCCCAAUCCAGUUGGACAUGACGAAUGUGGCAAAAAAACUCCAUCAAAACGAGCUCACGAUGGAAAGCUCAAAAAAGUUUUGAUUGAUCUCGACGGCAAAGAACGACGUUCUAGUGAAAGCAGUGUAGAUGAGCAAACGUCUAGAUGCAGUAUCUCGCCGGGGCAGACUCAAAAUCAGAUUCAGGAGAGCAACAGUAAUGAAAGUGGUGCUAGUAUAACCAAAAAAAAGAACAGCAAGGAUGAUUCUAAAAUAGAUAUGCGCAAAAUGGUAUUGGAACACAAAUACAAGCUGACCAAAACGGCUGUGCAGGGAAAUCAUGAAAAAGAUAAACCCAAAAAAAAUAAGGAGAAAUCAAGGGAAAAGGAUAAAGAAAAAGAAAAGUCGAAGUCUAAAGAUAAGGAUAAGGAGAAGAUUAAGGAACGAGAGCAAUAUAAGGAAAAGCAGACAGACAAAAAAAGCGAUAACACACCUAAGAAGCAUUUAACUUCAGCAAAGACCUGCUCUCUCAGUUCGCCUUCGCCUGCCAAAAUCUGCCGGCUAACGAACGAAGUACCUGCUAUUGCCUCAGCUGCAGCACCUGCUCCUCCAAAUUCUAUAAGUAUUGCUGCACUACCUAUUAUGCCAGGAUUGCCCCCGCCACUUGUGCCUCAGACCCCUUUUAUCGACCGCCUGAACCAAAAACAACCCGAGAUCAAGAUCGAAGUGAAGAUCGUAUCAGAUAGCAAAAGUGAUAAUAAUACCUCCAGUCUAGCUUUAACAGAAGCAUCUGUGCAGCCUUCAGUUUCCGUUGAAGACGUAGUUACCGAAUUUUCUGAAGAGAGCACACCGCCCCCACAGUUGGUUGUGGAUCACGAGGAGGAAGUAAGCGAGGUGUACGAGGAAGAGAAUGAAGAAAUAGGUAUGGAACUUCCCAGCAAAACAAGUUCAAAUACUAUGGAUCAAAAAAAUCUGGCAAUUUCUGCACCCAUGCCUUUGCCCCAACAAUCACCUCGGGAACCCGUAGCAGCUGCACAGCCUCUUUGGCCUACUGCUCAAGUUCUAAAGGUGGUUCUUCCCGCCUCUUUGAAACCAAUGAGUAGAUCGUCCAUUGUGCCGCCUUUACCACCAUUGCCGCCUUCACUAGACGUUGCACCGCCACCGCCACCCCCACCACUACCACCGUCAACCACCAAGGGCAGCAGCGUUACUGUCACAUCUGUAGCCGCCACAGCAGUAUCCCCACUAAAACCCACCUAUAAAACCUUCAGUCUGCCAUCUCAUAAGAUCAUUAUCGCAGGGACCACAGGAAGUCGAGUAACAGUUUCGAAAACUUCAAAUAGUACUCCCGUAGAUUUGCUAGGAUCCAUUAUGGCCAGCAUGGAUAAACCCGCAGCCAGCAAUUCCUAGUCUCCAUUCUCAUCCGCGCCCGUAUCGUCGACGUCCUCGGCAACAACGCUCCUCUCCUACGUCAACUCUAACGACAGCUGCUAAAGGUUGCGACUACAUAGGAGGGGAGCAGAAGUAGAGGCUCCAAUUUGGACUAUGUGUACUUUAAAUUUAGAAACGCCCUUGACCCCGUUCAACGGACUUUAAAGGGCGGCAAUCAUUUUUUUUUAUGCGCGUUAGGAGAUUUCACUAAUCAACUUGCUUUUUGUUAAAAUUUGGUUAACAGCCAUUAGUUAUUUUCCUAUUCUUUUAAAUGUAGUCUUGACUAAGCGAUGUUUCCUUUAGCAGUGCAAACAUCUUACUUAAUUGUAUAUAGCCCAUAUGCUUCUAUAUAGACACCUCGUACAGAAACACAACCUAUAUUUGAUAACAGACGUAGAUCUUUAAGCUUAAAAUGAGAGAAACCUAAGUGAAGCAUAGAUUUUUUAUUUAUUCACAUAAAAAAAACAAGAACACUAUUUUAAUCCUAUAAUGUAUUUUUUAAUUAAAUGCACCCUUGUAAUUAUAAAGCUUGAAUUGAAAAUUUAAGUUACCGGUUUGGCGAAGGUCCCAGUUUAGUUUCUUUUUCAAGAACUUUUAUUUAACUAAAAAAAAAUAUAAAUUAAAAUAUAUAUAUAUAUAUAUAUAUUAUAAACAUCAUAUAUAAACUGUAUUUAUUAAGCAGCUACUUGUUCAAGAAACAAUAAAGAUUCGUAUCAUACAACAUC